CAGUCUAAAAAUUCAGUUUAUUGUAUAAACAAUGCUUUGGUAAUAUCAAUCAUAAAUGAUUCUCAAAUUGGGAGUAUAGAGGAUACAGAUCUCCAGCAUCAAAGGUCUUGUUGCGAGACCAUAAGUGCUGAUUUCUGUGUGGGGGGCUGAUUUCUGUACGUCACAGGCAGAACCUUCAUACCUACAGGGUGAAAUGAAAAUUUGUGAUUGAUGAUAGUUUCCAGAGCAUACAUAACGCUUUCUAUCACAUGUGUACAAAUCAAAUCGUGCUGAAAACAGUAAACACAUCGUUAAAAAACUCCAAAAGAAUCUUCCAUUGGAUUCAAUUCAUAAAUUGAAAGUAGAAAUCAAUAAAAUCUCGUUUGAACAUGGAGGAAAGCAUAGAAGAAGCUGCUGAAGGGCACUCAAUAACAGAUACCAGUGACGACGGUGAAGAGAGAACUGCUGCUGAAAUCCUAACUGACAUGGAAAAUGCCUGGAUGAAUGAGAAAUUUUCCCCCGAAAUUCUUCCACACAAAUCAGCCCACGUUGACUGUCUCCUCCACCACAUCGCCUACAUGGAUGAGAAUUUGAACAAAUUGCCAAAAGGUGACUUGAGAUUGACAAUACACAAAAUGGAAAUUGAUAGAAUCAGAUACUUGAUUGCUAGCUACUUGAGAAUUCGAUUGGAGAAGAUUGAACGUAAUGUCAUCGAAAUUUUGAAGCGUGAGGGUCAGAGAGGUGAGUCCACUCGUUAUUUAACCGACGGUGAGCUUAAAUAUGCCAAUGAAUAUGCUGUUAACAUGGAAACACUAUUCAAGACUUUGGUCCUCCAGCAUGUACCCCAGAACUUCCAGGAAUUGGAGGCCGAUAAAUUGUCAAUAAAACCCAACAUGAAUACUCAUGUAUUUCUGAGGGCGAAUAAGACAAUAGAGGGUAUCAUUAUUCCUGGAGCUGUCGACGAAGAGGUAGACUUUGUCGAGGGAUCUCAACAUAUUAUUCAGUACACGGCUGUUGCUGAUUUAGUUAAAGAUGGCUCGGUACAACUCAUAUAAUUAUUGUAAAACAAAUUCUAGCCAUUAUGAAUUCUUUUUUAUUCCACAAUUUAUUAUAAAAAUAUAUUUUUUACACAAUAUUUUUACUUCAUAUUGAGGACGAGUAUCUUAGGUGUCUAUUAUUAGGAAAUUUAUUUGUUGAGUUGGUAGAAAUAAAUUGCUGUAAAUUAUAACAAA